AUGGAAAAGGGGGCGCCGGAAGACCGCCCCCGAGAGCAGCACCGCCUCCUGCACCCCGCGGCUUGGCAGGGCGCUCCCUGCAUGGACCACCUUCUCUUGCACCCUCUAUCCGGGCAGGGGACCAGGGACUCGGCCCUGCUGCUCUUCCCCCCUAAGCAAGGCCCCCCGCACCACCUCUUGCAGCCCCUGCCUUCCAAGCCCAGCGCCUUCCACAGGGAGCGGAAGCCCCCCCAGCCGGGAGAGGCCUCCUCCUGCAAAGAGCGGCAGCAGCGCCUUUUGGAGGAUCAGGCCUGCCUCAGCAGGCAGCUUUUCCAGCCCAUCGUUGGGCUGGUGCCUUUGGAUGUUGAGGAGCAGGGGGAGGUCCAGGAGAAGGGUCCGCAGAAGGAAGGGCAAGCGAGAGCCGAGGAGCGAGAGGGCCAGGGGCCCUCGGCGGGCGGCAGCAACAAGAAGAAGCGAGGGGACCGCAAAGCUGCUGCCGCCUGUCGAGGAGGGAAGGAUGAGGGCCACACCUUGGGGAGCUGCAUCCCAAAGGGCGCAGCAGAACUCAACGCGGGGGGUGCAGGAGAGGCAGAGGAGGUCAAAAAAGAGGCCAACGGUACAGAGAAUUGCGGUGCGGAGACCUCGCAGUCUGGGCAAGAAGAGCCCAUCAAAACUGAACUGGGGGAGCCUCCUGAGGAGGACUGUCAGGGGAAGGAAGAAGUGGCCUCCACGCCUCGCUCGGCCUCCAAGGGCCCGGCUCACGGGAGCAAAGAUGCUGCCUCGGCUGAGCCUCCUGGGCCACAGCAGCCUCAAGAGCUGAAGAUUCCACUGACCCUCCACCCAGUCCCUCCUGGGGCCAGGAUCCAGUUCCAAGGACCACCUCCGCCGGAGCUCAUAAGAGUGACUAAAGUGCCUGUGACACAAGUGCCCCUUAAAAUGCAGUCUUUGCUGGAGCCUUCCGUGAAAAUUGAAACAAAAGAUGUGCCCCUCACAGUGCUGCCCUCAGAUGCAGGGAUACCAGAUACUCCAUUUAGCAAAGAUAGAGAUGGCCACGUCAAGCGUCCUAUGAAUGCAUUUAUGGUGUGGGCAAGAAUUCAUCGGCCAGCCUUAGCCAAAGCUAACCCUGCUGCCAAUAAUGCAGAAAUAAGUGUCCAACUUGGACUGGAGUGGAACAAACUCACUGAAGAGCAAAAGAAACCUUAUUAUGAUGAAGCUCAGAAGAUUAAAGAAAAACACAGAGAAGAAUUUCCAGGUUGGGUUUACCAGCCAAGACCUGGUAAAAGGAAGCGGUUCCCCUUGACAGUCUCCACUGUGUUCUCCGGCACUACUCAGAAUAUCAUUGCUACAAGUCCAAUGUCAGCCUCCACUGUCUUUACUGGAACCUCUCAGAAUAUCAUUACUACAAAUCCAACAACCAUAUACCCUUUCCGGUCACCCACUUAUUCCGUAGUCAUACCCAGCGUACAGAACAGCAUUGGACACCCAGUCUGUGAAGCCCCUUCUACUCUCCAAGUGUCAGCUCCUUCUGCUCAGCAUCCAAGCCCCAUUACGCUGUUCCAGUCUAAUGUAGCAAAUGCGCCACAACUGGCUGCCCCAGCUGCAAACUUACCAAUCCGUCCAGUCCUUCAACCUCAACAUUUUGCUGCACCUUCACCCACAGAAGCUCACCAUGUAUCUUCAGGGACAAAUUGCUCUGUAAAGAGACCCACCCAAGUUUCGAUUGAGAGUGCAAGCAGGAACCCUAAUAAUACAAGCACCGCACACUCUAGAUACAGUGUCUCUAAUAAUCAAGCCCCUAAGGAGUAUCCAGGUGUUUCUUCCUGUUCUAGAAAUGGACCCAUUCCCCAAGCUCCUCCCAUCCCUCAUCCACACGUCUAUCAGCCUCCUCCCAUUGGUCAUCCAGCCACUCUGUUUGGAGCUCCUCCUCGAUUUUCAUUUCAUCAUCCAUACUUCUUACCUGGACCGCAUUAUUUCCCAUCAAGCACAUGUCCAUACAGCCGUCCUCCUUUUGGCUAUGGGAACUUCCCCAGCUCCAUGCCUGAAUGUCUUGGCUUUUAUGAAGACCAAUAUCAAAAACAUGAGGCUAUGUUUUCUGCUCUGAACAGAGACUAUCCCUUUAGAGAAUACCCGGAUGAGCACAUGCAUAGUGAAGACUCCCGCAGUUGUGAGAGCUUGGAAGGGACAUCCUAUUACAGCAGCCACAGCCAGACAGAAGAGGAAUACUUAAACCCUGUGCCUCAGCUGGAUAUUGGGGCCCUUGAGAACGUUUUUACAGCAACCCCUUCCACACCCUCUAGUGUACAGCAAGUCAAUGUGACUGAUAGUGAUGAUGACGAAGAAGGAAAGGUGUUGAGAGAUCUGUAA